GAGAGGCAUUUGGUUGAGAAUUCGUAAACCAUCAUUGUUGUUGUAGCAGUGUGAUUAGUCAAAUUGGCAUUAAUGGAGAAACUUCUCUCGGCAUUUGCUUUCUCUGUUGCUCUUCUCUUCAACUUCUUCUUUACUUCUGUCAAUGCAUUUACUGCAUCCGGAUGGUAUCCUGCCCACGCUACCUUCUACGGUGAUAGCGAUGCUUCAGGAACAAUGGGUGGAGCUUGUGGAUAUGGGAAUUUGUACCAGACGGGUUACGGGACAAGGACGGCGGCGCUGAGCACAGCGUUGUUCAACGACGGCGCAUCGUGCGGUCAGUGUUUCAAGAUCAUAUGCGAUUACAAGACGGAUCCACGAUGGUGCAUUAAAGGAGCGUCGGUGACGGUGACGGCCACCAAUUUCUGCCCACCAAACUACGCUCUACCAAACAACAAUGGCGGAUGGUGUAACCCUCCGCUUAAGCAUUUCGAUAUGGCUCAGCCUGCUUGGCAGAAGAUCGGUAUUUACAGAGGCGGAAUCAUCCCCGUCCUCUACCAAAGGGUUGCUUGCAUAAAGAAAGGAGGAGUGAGAUUCACAGUGAAUGGAAGAGAUUAUUUUGAACUAGUUUUGAUAAGCAAUGUGGGAGGUGCAGGAGACAUAAAAUCAGUGUCGAUUAAAGGCUCAAAAUCCAACAAUUGGACCCCAAUGUCAAGGAAUUGGGGGGCCAAUUGGCAGUCAAAUUCGUAUCUGAAUGGCCAAUCUUUGUCCUUCAAGGUAACCACAAGUGAUGGCCAAACCCAAGUAUUCAACAACGUUGUGCCUUCAUCUUGGAGAUUUGGGCAGACCUUUGCUAGCAAGGUUCAAUUCGGCUAAGAAAGACCCCGCCACGGGCUUAGGGGUGAUCGGAUUGGCACUGGCAGAGGCGUGCCCAAGUGGUUUUUUUUUAAUCUACGGAAGCAGCCCGCCACUUUAUUUCAGCUAUCUGGUUACCAUCUCACCGACAGGAUCCACGACUUUCUUAACUCAUCGGAGUUUAAUAUUGAAUUUGUGCCAACAAACUAAUAAGAAGCUCAACGAAAUUACUUCUGCCUUCAAAACUUCGGAAUGUUUAAUUACUCAUAUAAACUUUUUCUUUUUCUUACCUUUAAAGUCAUUUUGUAAUCUUCGUUUCUAAAAGGUUAUUAUAUAAUAUAUAUAUAUAUCUCAACACCUUUGUUUUUUUUUGUUAAA